UCUCUGUGUCAGGCAGGCAUGAAGGCAGUUGCUGUAACUUUCUGUGUCUUCUGCUUUCAGUUUGAAGCCCUAUAUGGAAUUGACAGCUACUCAUGUGCAUGCAAAAAUUUAGAUCAGCCCCACCUCUCUGAUGCCCAGGCCAUGGUGGAAUUUGAAAAUGGAAACUUCAAAUUCACAUUCCCCAACCCCAAAAAUGUGAGUGAGUUCAGCAUGACCCUCUUCAAAGGGCGUGAGAAGAAGGAAAUCUGUGCACUCCAUUUGAGCAAAGAGAGUGUUAUCCCCAAGAGUAAUGUCACCUACUGUCAGACACAGAAUUCAAAUAGCAGCACCAUUUUCAUUCUUAAAAAUCUGGAAAGAAAACAUAAUGACUUUUAUACCUACUGCCUGGAGAUAUUCUUACCCCCUCCUUACAUAGAUUGCUGUCUGAAAGAGACCUAUUUGUACGUCCAAGAUAAGGAGGACUGCCUUUCACUUGGACUCAUGUCAUGGAUAAUUAUCAGUUUGAUAAUUUUUGCCAUUUCCUGUGUCUGCUGUGUUGUGGCCUGUUGCUUAAGGAACAAGAAUCAGACGUGUGAAUCCAACUCCCAUGAGUACAACAGUGAAUACAUGCCCAUGGCAGCAGUGAAUGCAGCUAAAAAACCAAGAAUCUGAGGUGUAAGUUGCUUGUGGCAUGGAAAUUUUGGAAGCUGAGUUUUCCAGCUACUUGAACUUGGACAAUGGAAAGUCAGCAUUUCCCCACCUUUCCCAACCUACCUGAGCUCUCAUGAUGGCCCUGUGCUCAGUCAUGUGACACCCACUGUUCUGAACUGUGUUUUUCUCUAGCCUUGUUUGUGAACUGACACCCUGACUGAUCCACUGAUUGGGACAGGAAAUGAUAAUAAUGUGUUAAAGAUGUCAGCUUUCAGUUGAAGAAAAUGUAAGAUUCCUGUAGUGCAGCUACAGAGAGAAAUUUUAUUUUCUAGUCUCCUUUAUGAUAAACUUUCCACUGGGGACAAAAAAAAAAGGACUACCUCCAAAGCCAAGCCUCGUGGUACCACACAUGCCCUUUUGUUAGGGUUAGUUUAGCAGGGGUACAAAACUUGAGGGAGUACAGCAGGGACUUCGCUGUGACACAUUGCCUCAGUUAUGCACAUCUACAUUUUUCGUAUUUGUGCUAUCAAUACAACUUUGCCAUUCACACCUUGGGGCUCCUCUUAUUUAACUAAAUUCUGAAUACUUUUACUAAUAGAUGAAUAUAUUACAAGAUAUAUAUAUUGUAAGACUGCAAUUGCUCCUUAGGUGAGUUCAAAUCUUACAAGAUCUGUCCUUAAAGUCGGAGGCACUAUCUCUCCUAUUGGUGUCUUGCAGCACACACACAACACAGUCCCUUUGGCCAGUAUAUUCAUGGACUCUGCAUUGCAAUUGUCUUCCUCUUGUGGUUUGACAUGAAACCUUUACAACUUCCCCAGGGGGUUCAGG